AACAAACAUACAUCCAUACUACAACCAUGGGUCUCAUGUGGCACAAGGGCUUUGGCGGAAAGAGGGCUGGUGGCGGUGUCGUUGUUGACAAACACGGUGUUCGACGCGCACCCUUUCGCAUCUCGUGCGGUGGUUUCUCUUGCUUCCGCUAAGCAUCCACCCUCCUCAUAUCAACGAUUCACGACUUGUAAGUCAAACAGGCUCACCAACGGUAACCGUCAGCUUACAUGUUCAGCUCUCAACACGUCCAUAUCUUGA